AUGCCAAACGCUAUCCAAGAUGUUCCGGUAGACCGUACCAAGAAACCGAUCCCUCCCGAGCUCAUCCAUCUCACCGAGCCAUUCGAAAAUGGUUAUCACUUUCCGCCCAAGUACCCUUUUGGAGAGACUUGCAAGCAUGCCUGGUCAAUCUCUUGGCGUUGGGUGUUGACGAUCAAGGGCUUCCUCAUUACCGUGUAUGGCUUGAACGUCGUCGCUUGGGGUGGCAUGCUCUUCCUGCUGCUCUGCAACGCGUCGCCUGCCAUGUGUAUACCCAACUGCGACGAUAAGGCUACUUCCCCGCGACAGAUAUGGCUAGAAAUAGCGUCCCAAAUCCUCAACGCACUCUUCUGCGUGACGGGAUUUGGACUGGCGCCCUGGAGGUUUCGCGACCUAUACUACCUCAUGAAGUACCGCAUCUCGCACGAUUUUGACGGCCUGCGCCGUCUCGCCGGCAUCCACAAAGGCUGGUUUCGCCUCCCCGAAUCACAGACACUUCCUAUCGAUGUCGGUCCCAACAACAUCAACGAAGAUACACCACGGGCGGCGAUUCCGUUACCCGAGAAGAAGACACCCAAGGCGCCUUUGAGCGGCAUGCGGGCACCCCCGACGGCUAUCUGGAAACUCGAUGCAGUCAUCUGGCUCUUUGUGUGGAAUACCUUCUUGCAGAUCGGGUUGGCCACAUGUAUGUGGGCCAUGGACCGGUUCAACAGGCCGCCUGCCGUGACCGGCAUCCUUGUCGGCUUCGGCUGUGUUGUGGCAAUGAUCGCAGGACAAAUCAUGGGAUCUGAGGGAUCGUCAGUCAAGUCAAUCGAAGGUAUACCUCUGGAUGACGAGGAUAGGGAGAGGCUGCGGACUGAUGAGGCUAAGGGUAUCCUUCAUUACAACAAUAAGAAGGACAAGCUGCCUAAAGAGAUACGGAAGGCUGCGAAGCAUAAGGAGGCUGGGGAAAAGAUAUCGGUAUAG